GCACAGGCACAGUGGUUCAGGCCGGGGAUUUCCAACUCAGGUCUUAUAUAAGCUGGACACAAGUCCUUUUCCUCAGCCUCCUGUGUCUGCUCCUUUGAUUGCAAACAUGGCAUCCAGUGCUUCCUGCCUCUGUGUGAAGGUCUAUUCUGAGGAAGGGACAUCAAUGACCUUCACUGCUGACGUGAAUGACAGAGUGAAGAAGAUCAAUGAACACGUCCGGGCUAAGACCAAGGUUCCCGUGCAAGAGCAGGUCCUGUUGAUGGGCUCCAAGACUCUAAAGCCCCAGAGGAAGCUGUCAUCUUACGGCAUUGACAAGGAGACGACCAUCCACCUCACUCUGAAGGUGGUGAAGCCCAGUGAUGAGGAGCUGCCCUUGUUUCUGGUGGAGUUAGGUGAUGAGGGGCAGAGGCACCUCCUCCAGGUGCGAAGGUCCAGCUCAGUGGCCCAGGUGAAACAGAUGAUAGAGACCAAGACCGCUAUCAUGCCUGAGAAACAGAUUGUGACUUGCAACGGCAAGAGGCUGGAAGAUGGGAAGACCAUGGCGGAUUAUGGCAUCAGAGGGGGCAAUUUACUCUUCCUGACAGCCCACUGCAUUGGGGGGUGACCCCGCCAGGGAUGGGUAAUAUCAGGGUCAAAAGAGCUUACUGUUAGCUCUUACUCCACCAAUAUCCUUUGAUGAUUUCCCCAAAUUGACGAGAAAGAUAAAUAGAGAAAAGUAGCGGUGAAGUGGGGAGGAAGACUGCAGAAAACUUUCUAACUCCAUGAUUUUUUGGUCUAACAUAAUUGAUUAGGCGGCUGGAUGGUGUAUAUUACUGAAAACAGAAAAUAACAUUUUAAGGCACAGUAGAGAUAGCACCAAAGCCAGCUUGCAAUUUAAUCCUUUCUUGGUUCCCUCUGAUUUUUAGAAAAAUUCCUAUUUCUUCUUCUGUCCAACAAGAUAGUAAGUUUUACAUUGGGAUCCAUGUUCCCCUAAUUUCUGUGUUUACACCAGUAUAUAUUUCAUCUGUAAUAUCACUCAAUAUGUUGAAUCAAAUUGAAUUUCUGCUUACAGAGAACAGUGAAAUGAUUUUUAGUUAAUUUCUCUGAUAUGAUUAUAAUCUAAUUAACAAAGACUAGAAAUUCAACUAAACUA